CUCCUAUUUACUCUCGUCUCUUCCCCAAUUGCACGCAACAAACCUCUCUCUCUCUCUUUCUCAUUCCCACAGUCAAACAUCCAAGAAAAAAAAACUUGGGGGCCUUGAGAAUCGAAGAAAAAGGCGAAAAAUGGGUAUGGUGGUGGUGAUUUCGCUGCCUUUUAUUCUCUUCUCCAUCCUACUUGGUUUUGGGUGUUACUUCUUCGGAAGAGCCAAAGGAAGACAGGAGGUUCGGACCAAUGCUCAAGUUUAUGGGGUACCUACACCACCACCAGGGAGUGCAGGAGCACCUAAUUCUUACCCCUCGUCUCCUCCAACACAUUUCAAGCCUAACAACUCUGCCAAUGUUUAAGUCCCUCUAGAUCCACCACGCUUAUCCGGCUUUUAUUUCUUUAUUUUUUUUCCUAUGCGAUGUUGAAGGAGUGUGAUCUUUUGAUGUUUCACCAUGUGUUGAGAUGAGUUUUGAUGUAUUGAAAGCUCAAUUGGGAAGUUGCGUUUGGUUUGGGUGUAUAUUAAUUGGUUGUAAUUGGAAUUAAUAAAACAUACUGCUGCAUAUUUUUCUCACUAA